CUUUGCUGAAUUAUAAAUAUUGCAUUUGUUAAGAUUAUUAAAAUAAAAAAGUAUUUGCCUUAUUAAGAUAGAUAUUAUGAAAUAAUUAUUAAAAGCGAAUUUGAAAAAUGGAAGAAAGUCUUAAAGAUUUCUGAUUUAUACAAUCAUUUUAAGUUACUUGUUUAUGGUUGUCUUGUCAUAAAACUCCUUUUUGAGUAAGAAAAGGAGUCUUUUUUCAAAAUAAGACACAAUUAAUUUCAGCGGCUCUAAAAAGUACCACGAACCAGGUAGUGCAGAAUUUAACUUUGCUAUAGCUAUGGUUAUUUUUUUAGUUAUGAUGGCAGGCAUUUGCUCUGGCUUAAAUGUUGGUCUUCUCUCGAUUGAUGUCGUAGCAUUAAAUCUUAAGAUAAAGAGUGGAACAGAAAACGAAAAGAAGAAUGCAUAAUAAAUUUUAGAUGUUCUUUCAAAUCAUCACUUGCUAUUAUCGACUCUCUUAGUUGCAAAUGCAUUAGCUAUGGAAGCUCUUCCUAUAUUCUUUCAUGAAAUAAUCCCUGCAGCAUUUGCUGUUUUAUUUUCAACUAUUAUAGUAGUCGUAUUUGGUGAAAUUAUUCCAUAAGCAUAUUGCACAGGUCCUAAAUAAUUCGAAAUAGCCUCAAAAAGCUUGCCUAUUAUAAAAUUGUUGAUACUCAUUUUUUGGAUUUUCUGUUUCCCAAUAGCAAAAUUCUUAGACUGGUUAUUAGGCAAGCAUGACAGUAGUAAAUAUAGAAAGAACAAAAAAGAUUUAAAGGCAUUAAUUGAACUCCAUGAAAACGGAUAGCAUGACACUCAUUUAUAGCAAUUUGGAUUCAAUAAACAAGAAGUAAUGAUGAUUUCAUCAACCCUCGAUUUAAGAGAACAAAAGGUUACUGAAAAGAUGAUUAAGUUAGAUGAUUGCUUUAUGCUUAAUACAGAAGACAUUUUUUCGAAAGAACUCAUUUUAAAGAUAAAAUAAAGCGGUUUCUCUACAAUUCCUAUUUAUGACAAGGUUAGAACUAAUAUUAUUGGAUGCUUAAGAACAAAAAUUAUAUUAGGAUGCGAAAACAAGCAUUUAAAUAAGCCUAUAGCCACAAGAUUCCCUCUAACUUAGUUAUUGAUGAUAGCAAAAGACACAAACAUGCUUUAGAUGAUAUAAAUCUUUUAAAAAAAGAAAUGUAGUCUAGCAAUAGUUACAACAGAAGAAAAAAAGAAGAAAAACAAUGAAGAAUUGUUAAUGAGUUGCAGAGAUAUGAUUGUUGAGCAUUAUAGUCAAAUUGAAGGUAUUAUCUUUUUGAAAGAUGUAUUUGAAGAAAUAGUAGAUAUAGACUUCUAAGAUGAUGAUUUGCAUAUUAAGCAUGAUGAAAAAACUAAAAAAAAGACCAAGAGCACUAUGAAAAUAAAUAACUCCCUACAAGAACCUCUUAUAAGCCAAGGAUCAAAUAAAAAAAACUGAUUUAUUAAAAAUUAAACACAACCAUAAAAAUGAUCCUGAAUUAAAAAAAGAGUAAAAGAAACAAUUAACAUACUAACUAACUAAAAUAAAUUUAUUUAAAAAUAUUUAAUUUCGUUUAAUAUACUUGCCUAAACUACAUAAAAAAUCAAAAAAUACCUUUAAUUAUAGUUAAAAUAAACAUAAAUAUGCAUUUAUGUAGGUAUAUGUAUUUUUAUGUUGAUAAAUAAUAAAUAAAUAAAAGUGUUAGAAAUUAACUAGAAAAAAAUUAAUAGAAGUGAGAAAUUAUUAUAAUUAAAUA